CCCCACCCCCCCCGUUCCCUAAAUGCCCCAUGCCCUUCUUAGGGAGUAUAUAUAGGUUGCAGGAGAGGCUGGUCACCCCCGGCAGUCGAAAAUGAAGCUCGCGCUGUCCUGCCUGCUCGCCCUGCUGGCCCUCGCCACCGCCGAUUCGGUGAGUGACGUGCCUGAAGAUGAGGCUCUAAUGCGCCUGCAGCUGAAGCCGGAGGGCGACCUGUUCCCCUGCUGUGACGGCACUGAGGAGGUCAGCCAGAGUUCCUCCAAUGACACACCUGCACCUGAGCGAACCGUUUGCCAGCCCUGCAGUGCCGGUUCUCAGUUGGUCCCCCCCACCGGAGGCGAUGUGUCCAGUGAGGAGGAGGACGACAACGAGGAGGUGGUUUCCAGUGAAGUAGGUGAAGGGCUAAGCGAAGAAGAGUCAGAACAGGAAGAAAGCCAGGAGGAGGUGUUGGACGAUGAGGAACAGGAGGAGCAGGUAGAGAACAAGGAACAAGGGGGAGAAGAUGAUGAGGAAGAGGAUGAGGAGGAUCCUACAGUUAAUCCUACAGGAGAGGGGGAAGAAGUGACCAUCUCUGGAAAAUUUAUGGCAGAUGCGGCACCUGUAGACGAAUCCGAAGCUCCAGUAAAUAAAGAAGGCAAAAUUCUGGCUGGUGAGGAAAAAGACACUGCACAAACUAAGGAGUCUAUGCAAGUGGAGAAGGUUGUACAAGAAUCAGGAGAGGAAGCACCAACAGAUCCUCCUACUGAGACUGUGAAGGAGUCAAAGGAGGCAGCACGCAAAAGCUCAGUUAAAGGGAAGAUGUCUUCAGGAUGCCCUAAGAUGAGAGACCGGUCUCACAUUGACAACACACUACAUCUGGCAACAACUGACCCUGCUCAGCGCUUUUCAGCCAUCGUGAAGAAGCUGCAACACAUUUACCACACAGCCAUCAAGCCUUUGGAGGAGGCGUACAAGUACAAGGAGCUCAGACAGCACGAGGUCUCAGAUGCUGAGAUCGCUUCCAAGCCCAUGGUGCUCUUUCUGGGUCCCUGGAGCGUCGGCAAGUCCACUAUGAUCAACUACCUGCUGGAUCUGCAAGACAAACCACAAGAACUCUACACAGGUGCGGAGCCCACUACCUCUGAGUACACGGUAAUUAUGCAUGGUGAGAAAGUGCGCACUAUUGAGGGCAUCGUCAUGGCGACUGAUACCACCCGCUCGUUCUCGACCCUGGAGAAAUUCGGCCAGGGUUUCCUGGAGAAGCUGGUGGGCAUCGAGAUGCCACACAAACUGCUGGAGCGAGUCACGCUGGUGGAUACACCGGGGAUCAUCGAGAACCGCAAGCAGCAGGAGAGAGGAUAUCCCUAUAACGAGGUGUGCCAGUGGUUCAUCGAUCGAGCAGAUCUGAUCUUCCUGGUUUUCGACCCCACUAAGUUGGAUGUGGGCCUGGAGCUGGAGACUCUUUUCAGACAAAUGAAGGGGCGCGAGUCUCAAAUACGUAUCAUCCUGAACAAAGCUGACAGCCUGGUGCCUCAGGAGCUGAUGCGUGUGUAUGGUGCUCUCUUCUGGAGCCUGGCGCCACUGAUAAACGUGACGGAGCCACCACGUGUCUACGUCGGCUCCUUCAGGCCUCAGGAGUUCACACUGGAUGCUGCACAGAAACUCUUCAUUCAUGAGGAGGUCUCUCUGAUGGAGGACCUUAAACAGGCCAUUGAGAACCAGCUGGAGAACAAGAUCGCCUUUCUGCGGCGCCACGCUAUCCGUGUUCGAGUUCAUGCUCUCCUUGCUGACCGUUACCUCCAAACCUACCAUGAGAAGCUUGGCUGGUUUGGUGACUCACAUGAGGUGAUGAAGGAGAUCAUUGCUGAUCCUGACCGCUUCUACAUCUACAAAUCAGUGCUGGCCAAAACCAAUGUGAGCAAAUUUGAUCUGCCAGGGCCAGAGGUGUACCAGGACUUUUUCAACGUGAACGCUCUGGGAGAAUUCAAACUGCUGCAGAAGCACUGUGGAUGGAGGGGAGGCUGCUUGUUGGAGAAGAUUGAGAGCGCCAUCACACAGGAGCUGCCCGCUCUGCUGGCCAGCCUCAGCAAAACUGAGGAGGCCCCAAAGAUGGAGAAGCCCAAGGUAGUGGAGAAGCCCAAGGUAGUGGAAAAGCCCAAAGUCGAAGAGAAGCCCAAGGUAGAGGAGAAGCCCAAGAACCCCUGGAGAAGGCAGUGAAAGAGGUUGUGUGCAAGAGGACAGAGGGUGGGGGUUAAUAUUUUUGGGUUCCACAACAGCUUUCAUCCAUACUGGACUCAGGGCAGCGAGCAAAAAAGUGUGAAUACAUGAAAACAGCAGUAAAUAAAGGCUUUAAUUAAGAAAUAGAAAUUGAAUAAAAAAAUGAAUGAUCAGUGAAUGGAUGGAUAGAUAGAUGGAUGGAUGAGUGGAUGAAUGAAUGAUUAAUGGGUGUAUGGAUGACUGACUGGAUGUUGGCUUUAAAAAAGCCACAAACGGUCAAAUCAAAAUUGAAGAUUUUCAGAUUUUAGUAGGCAGAAUUAUACAGCUGAUAUUCCAUGUACACCAUACAGGACAUCCCAUACAUGAGUCUCCAUACAUAGAGGAAAAAUGUUUACAAAAUAUACUCUUCUUAAACAAAAAAAAUAACUGAGAAAAAAUGUAAUAUAAACCGAGCAUGAAAAAUAUUUGCCAAAAGUUCAUUUCCCCUAUGUGUGGAGACUUUUGGGACACCCUGUACAUCCGGUAUACACAGUACACGUGUACACUUUUGUUUUCUUUUCAGUUUUACAUCUUAUUCCUCACUUUCCACUCACACAAUUUUUGAUGUUGUUGCUGUUUUUUGUUUUUAAUUGUCAGAUAGUCUAUCCAGAGCACAUUUCAGUUUUCACAAUACAUUUGCCUCCGGAAUAUUUCAGAAUCAUUCAUUUUGAUGAAUGUGUGUGGUGCUGCAUGUGAAAUGUAACUUCUGAUUAAAGCUUUCCUAUUUUA